UAAAUAUGACACAUUUAAUUUAUAUACUCUUAAUUAUACUUGUUUUUAUUCUACUCACUAUAACAAAAAAACUCUGUUAACUGCGAAUUCAAUUGCGUUUCAGGCAGCAGGGUUAUCCAGUUUCCUAACCUCUUAUUAGCACUAUAGUACUGUACUAGCAAUAUUACCACUAUUAUAGUUAGCUUAUUUGGGCCAUUGUAUUUUAAAUAUUUGCAUAUCCUGAAUUAUUUGAUCUUUCUCUGUCAUUCACCGUCGUUGGAAUUCUUACUGUUACCCUGCAACAACAGGGCAUGAUAGCUUGUGGGAAAAAAAAACCAAAAAAAAACCACGACAUUCUCAACACAAGUAAUGUUAAUAAGAAUUAGAAUAAAUUGCUUUUGGUUAAGGCAGUGAUAUCUACAGUUUAUAUCUACAUUGUCGUUAAUAAAAAAAGGGAGGGGCAUUUGAAGGGAAUGGGGAAACUGAGACCACGUGAUCAAAAGUUAAUAAACUGCGCGUUUGUCUAUUUUCGGAUGAAUGGUGCUUACUCUCACAACAAAGUAACACGGACAUUGAGCAACCUUUUCAGCGCAAGGAGGAAUUUGAACACAGGUACCAUGCCACCUCAACCAGCUACAAACCUGGGAUAUACCCCUCCUGAUGGCGGAUGGGGAUGGGCAGUUGUUUUCGGUGCUUUCAUUUCCAUAGGAUUCUCCUAUGCUUUCCCUAAAGCUUUAACUAUCUACUUCAAAGAAAUCCAGGAGUACUUUUCCAUUUCCUACAGUGAAAUAGCCUGGCUAUCUUCUAUAAUGUUGGCAGCAAUGUAUAGUGGAGGCCCUGUUAGCAGUAUACUUGUAAACCGCUAUGGCAGCAGGCCUGUGGUCAUCGCUGGCGGAAUCAUGUGUGCAGUUGCAAUGGUAUCUGCCUCUUUUGGCACAAACGUCAUUCACUUGUAUAUCUGCACUGGACUCAUUGGAGGAUUUGGCCUUGCCUUCAAUCUCCAACCAUCUCUGACCAUUAUUGGGAGAUACUUUUUGAAAAGAAGACCAAUAGCUAAUGGCCUCGCCAUGGCAGGAAGUCCAGUCUUCCUUUGUGCCCUGGCCCCCCUAAAUCAAUUCUUGUUUGACACUUUUGGCUGGAGAGGCAGCUUCUUCAUUCUGGGUGCCAUGUUGUUAAACUGUUGCGUGGCUGGUGCUCUCUUUAGGCCUAUUGGAGCACCACCUAACCAAAUCCAGAAAGAGACAGAUAAAGAGCUUAACAUGCCCUGCAAAGAGGACAUUACCAAAGCAGGCACAACCGAAAAAGUUAAUUCCCAAGUUGUAAGCUUGCUGACUGGGAAGGAGCAGCAAGAAAAGCAGGACUGCUGUCAGAAGAUCAGUAAGUUUAUAGAUCUUUCACUUUUCAAACACAGGGGCUUCCUCAUCUACCUUGUAGGAAACAUCAUCAUGUUCUUUGGUUUCUUCGCACCCAUUGUUUUCUUGGCACCAUAUGCCAAGCACCUUGGAAUCGAUGAAUACUCAGCUGCAUUCCUGCUCUCCAUUCUCGCCAUUGUUGACAUGAUUGCCAGACCUGGCACUGGCCUGAUUGCUAACACUAAGUGGAUAAGGCCAAGGAUUCAGUAUUUUUUCAGUUUUUCAGUUGCAUUUAAUGGUGUCUGUCACCUUCUUUGCCCUUUGGCAACAGGAUAUUCAGGACUGGUUGUAUAUGCAGUAAUCUUUGGUUUGGCAUUUGGCAUGGUCUGUGCCUUGCUAUUUGAGACUCUUAUGGACCUUGUGGGAGCACAGCGCUUCUCCAGUGCUGUUGGUCUUGUAACCAUCAUUGAAUGCUGCCCUGUUCUUCUAGGACCUCCACUUGGAGGUGCACUUGUGGAUGCUUUUGAUGACUACAAGUACAUGUACUAUGUGUGUGGAGCUGUUAUGCUGUUUGCUGGCCUUUUUCUUUUUAUUAUGAAUUUUUAUAACUACAGGAUGUUGGAAAAGGAGGAGAAGCAAAGGCAAGACAAAGUGGUGGAGAUGAAGAAUGCAAAAGACUUGCCGAAAGCUGAAGGCGACAAUAUUCAGCACAAAGAUGAUGAGGAAAAUGGAAGACCUUCCAUUGAGGAGGGAGAUAUCGAGAAACAUGAAACAAAACUGAGCCAAGCCUAAAAUAAGAGGGACAUGCCUAAGUAUUGAAAGCAAUACAUCACUGCCUGAAACCAAAUGUUCUGGGCAACCGUCUGCUGUCGAAGUGUCUUCUUACAAUGAGACCAAUAUGGUAAACCACCUUUCAGGGGCCUUAAUGGGACAGCAAGCUCCUGUUUAUUUGUAGUGCAUCCUAGAGAUACGUCUGUGCAAAAGUAUGAAUUUGGGCAAGACAAAUACAGUUUGUAUCCGGUACACACAAAUACCUUAGGGGCAAUAAAUUAUAAAUUUUUUAUUAAAUAAAAAAAAAAAAAAAUUAAUGCAGGCAUGUUAACACUUUUUUAGUAAACAGUAAAAAUGCCUGUUUAGCCCGUUUCACUCUGGCACUCCUACUUGGGUCUAGGUCGGCCAGGGUGUCCUCAGCUCACCGCGCACCAGCGACCCCUGAAGUCUGGCCGGGAGCCUGCGGG